UGGGGCUCUAGGAGGCGCGGCAGGGAUCGGUGCUCGGCUGCACCUGAGCCGUGGAAGCCCCGAUUUCCCCCGGCCACCACUCUUUGCUUCGUGUCUCUGCUCCCUAGACGCCUCUUUCUUGAGCGUGUCCCUAUGGAUUCACUUCAGACUGAACAGAUGCUGAGCUUGCCGGCCGCCGAGCUCAGCAGCAACAACUUAGAGCUGGCGGAGCCGGCGGAGCGGGUGGCAUCUGCAGCCGGCGCAGACACAGGCCCCCACCCAGAGACGGCUACAGAAGGCCCUGCACCGCUCCCGACGAUGGAGCCAGAGCAAGAUCAGCCUCCAGGGACCUCAACACCAGAGUGCAAAGUCCUGCUCACGCAGGCGGACGCCUUGGCGUCUGGGGGGCGCCUCCGGGAAGCCCUCGAGGUGUACAGACAGCUCUCGGAGCGGCAGCAGUUGGUGGCAGAGCAGCUGGAGCAGCUGGUGCGCUGCCUGGCUGAGAAUGUCUCCCAAGGCAAGGUGUCGGAGCUGGCGCCCCCGGACGGGGGUAGCGCGGCAAGCUGCGUGGUGGCGGCGGAGGAGACAGGGGCGGCAGCUGCCACCGAGGUGUGGGAUGGCUUUAAGUGCCGGAAGUGUCAUGGGUUUCUAUCAGACCCCGUCUCUUUGUCGUGCGGCCACACCUUUUGUAAACUGUGCCUGGAACGUGGGCGGGCCGCCGACCGUCGUUGUGCGCUGUGCGGGGUCAAGCUCUCCGCAUUGAUUGUGGCCAACGGGCGGGCACGCGGGGCCCGGCGAGCUGGCCAGCAGGCGUCGCCACCGCCGCCGCCGCCGCCGCCGCCACCGCCUUCGCCGCUGCGGGUCAACGUGGUGCUCAGCGGCCUCCUGGGCAAGUUAUUCCCCGGCCCCUCGCGGGCGUCGCGACUCCGGCACGAGGGCAACCAGCUGUACCGCGAGCGCCAGGUGGAGGCAGCGCUGCUCAAGUACAAUGAGGCAGUCAGAUUGGCUCCAAAUGAUCACCUGCUUUAUAGUAACCGGUCUCAAAUUUAUUUCACCUUGGAGUCUCAUGAGGAUGCACUACAUGAUGCAGAAAUAGCAUGUAAGCUCCGCCCCGCAGGUUUUAAGGCACACUUUAGAAAAGCCCAAGCAUUAGCCACCCUAGGCAAGGUGGAGGAAGCACUGAGGGAGUUUCUCUAUUGUGUGUCCCUUGAUGGAAAGAACAAGAGAGCACGAUCUGAAGCCCAAAGGCUUCUUCUUAGUUUCUUUUCACCAUCAGUCUCGGGGGAUUCUCACGAACAUUCUCCCGAUAUCCUGAAGCUGUUGGCACCUCACCCUAGAUUAAAGGAACACGUAGAGUCAAUGGCUACUGAAGGCACCAACUAUAAUCUACCAAAGUUGUCACAGGAAAAUCGGGAGCUCCCACACUGUUCUAAGCAAGAGGAAGCUGCAGCCAGGGAAGAUGACAGCAGCCCGAUAGACCCUGCUAAGGAAGAGGUGGAUGGUGCACGAGACAACAUGAAAGUCCUGGAAGAAGGAGAGGAGGAAGAGCAGGAUGCCGCCUCUCCAGAUGGUGCCUCUGUCAAGACCGGCAAAUGCCAGGAAAAGAAAAGGAAACAUGGCCCAACUGAACCCCGAGAAGACAUGGAGGUGCCUAAUAAAGCCUCUAAGCAAGGUCCUCCCACCGAUCAGGAGGCCAAACCUGUUCUCAGUAUUCCACUUGGAUCUUUCGAUGCAUCUGAUCUUGAAUGCGCCCUGUGUAUGAGAUUAUUCUAUGAGCCAGUUACAACACCUUGUGGACACACCUUUUGCUUAAAAUGCCUUGAAAGAUGUCUGGAUCACAACGCAAAGUGUCCAUUGUGCAAAGAUGGUCUUUCACAGUGCUUGGCAUCAAGAAAAUACAGCAAAAAUGUAAUAAUGGAAGAAAUAAUAGCUAAAUUCCUGCCAGAAGAAUUCCAGGAACGAAGGAGGCUUUUUGAAGAGGAAAUGGAAGAACUUUCUAACUUAAAUAAGAACGUGCCUAUUUUUGUGUGUACCAUGGCCUAUCCCACUGUGCCGUGUCCCUUACACAUAUUUGAGCCUUGUUACCGCCUGAUGAUUCGUAGAUGCAUUGAGACAGGAACAAGACAAUUUGGCAUGUGCCUUGGAGAUCCCGUCAAAGGGUUUGUGGAAUAUGGCUGCAUCCUAGAGAUCAGAAAUGUUCAAUUCUUUGCCGAUGGCCGCUCAGUGGUUGACAGCGUAGGCAAGAGGCGCUUCAAGGUCCUCCAACAGGGACAACGAGAUGGCUAUAACACAGCUGACAUUGAAUACAUUGAAGACCAAAAGGUUCAGGGAGAAGAUUAUGCUGAGCUCAUGGGAUUACAUAACUGUGUCUAUGAGCAAGCGUCAUCAUGGUUUCAUUCACUGAAAACAUCCCUGAAGAAUCGGAUACUCAGUCACUUUGGGCCAAUGCCAGAGAAAGAUGCUGAUCCCCAGGUUAACCCAAAUGGUCCAGCCUGGUGCUGGUGGACAUUGGCUGUUCUUCCCUUGGAAAGCCGAGCUCAGCUCCCAUUCCUAGCGAUGAAGUCCUUAAAGGAUAGACUCAAUGGGAUUCGGCGAAUCCUGGCCUUUAUAUCCCGAAACCAGUGAGUGGAUUACUGAAGAGGAGCUCCCACCCUCCCCACUGCCCUAGGAGGGAGUCUUCUUGUAAAUAUAUCUAAUUGCAAUAACAUCUUAACAGAAGAGGGUAUCAAACAGAGGCGGUCGCCUGCUGUUGAUUGCAGAGAAAAAUUAAGUGGAAAGACCCAAAAGAAUGUGACCUAUUUGAAACUUUCUGUCUUAAAAUGCUUCUUGACAUGCUGCACAACUACAUAAACAGCAGAGGUGUGUAAGAGCCUAGAAAAAACAAUUGAUUUUAUCCUAAAAUUUUCCGAAAGUGGUUUUGCUUUAAUUUUCUUUCAUAGAUCAAUGACCAUGUGGUUCAAAUGUGAAGCAAAGAUAGUAAAAAUGUUGCUGCAUUAUUUUCACUGACUUGAGGUCUCAUUCCAAAUGGUUCAGGUUUUAUGGAGCAUUGUGUAAAAUAAUGUUCAUACUUCUUUCUGUUUUAAUAAUUUAUUUUUUGCACUACUGUAUCCUUUUUUUCUACACGUAUGUUUGUAACUAUUUAAGUAUGUAUUACUGAAAAGUCUGUUGCUUUAUUUAUUGAUGUGGUUUACCGUAUACCUGGGGGAAAUGAUAAUAUUAGAAAUGUGCAAUUUUUGCUUUAAUUAUUUUUAACUACACUGAUCCCAGUUCUUGGACCAUUUCUGUACCUAUGCAAGUGGAUGUUUGAAAGAAGUUCAGAGUGAUGCUAAGAUCAUCUGUCUUCACAGAUUCCACUUUUUUUCAGUAUGUUAAACUGUAAGGGAUUUGGCAUAGAUUAUGGUAUAUGCCAGGGUAAAGUAAAAUAAUCCAUUUUCUGUGUGUAGCCUAGAUCUAGGCUGUAAGAAUUACUUUUCUGGAAUGAAGAGACGAAUCAGAGUUCUCCAGUCUUUCCACUUUCCCAAACAGACUGAACCCCAAAAGGAAUUACCUAUAAUCUACAGCCAUAUAAUUAUAGGUGUAUCUGAUUUCUUCCCAGUAUAGUUAGGAAUCGGAUUUUAGUCGGGAUCAUAAUUAACCCUUCAGAGGGAAUGGCUUUCCACUGAGCACAUCCCAGCCAUACCCAACUAGUCACCAUACCCCUCCUCUUCUCAGGAUGCCAAAGAUCAAGACCUGGGCUAACGUGAGGAAACAUUUAAUGAGGGACUAUUUGUUAUUAAAAGUAUAAAGAAGCCACUAGACAGGACUGAAACCUUUAAAAAUACUUUUAAAGGAACCAGAUAAUUAAUGCAUCAUUUAAUCUAAGCAUUGCCUUUCCUCCUAGUUUCAGUGAGCCCUAUAUUUCAAUGUGGGGGGAGACUGGAGGUAACAGUAAGCCCACGUGUGGCUCAUUUAGUGCUAGUCCUUCAGUGUCAGGAGAACCUAAAAAGUACCAGAGUAUGGGAAUGUUAUAAUGCAGGGAACAAGUGAUUAGCUCCUUCACACUAAUUAGCUCCAUGUGAUUUUUGGACAGGUGUGGUGCAUUCUCCACUCAUAGACCAUCCACUCUGUUAAGGUAGCAGGGUAAGGCUUUAAGUAACUAGUUUUACUUCCACCACCACCUGUGGCCAGAAACCAGCAAGGGAGAAUGAGGUGAUCCAGUGAACUAAAAAGAGACUCAUGUAAGCAGAGACCAAAUGGUCUUUUUGCACUUGCCUAAUGGAUGCUGUGUGGUCAGAGCAUUGUGUGGCCAGGUUUGAUGUUUGGAGCCAGACUGGGGAGGUGAGGAGUGGAAGUAAAUGGAAGUAUAGGUGUGGUUUCUGCCCCAGAAAACUACAAGGCUCAGGGAUUGGGAAAUUAAAGGCUCCUGCCUUUUACCUGGUGCCCAACCAUGUGGUCAUGUCACAGUCCUAGUAGAACAGUUUACUAUUAUCUAGUGUAAGUGCAACAAAGAAAACGGUCAUAGGCUUCUCUGCUUACUAGACCUGUUGCUUUUGGCAAGUGAUUGUAACUUUUGCUGAGCCUGUUCCCUCAUCUAUGAAAUGGGAAGUGAUAAAUUCUGCAUAUAGGGUUGUUUUGUACAUUAAAAGAGGUAACAUGUAUAAAUCACUUAACACAGUGUCUUGCACCUAGGUGACAGUCAACAAAUAAUAGCUAUUAUUAGAUUAGUCAUAGUUACAGAAUCAUCAGGGACUUUCAUUUGCAUAAAACACUGCCUUGAGACAUUAUACUCAUUCGAAACCCUUUUAAAUUUAGCUGGGGGAAUCCAUCCCACUGAAUUUUGGACCAUAAUCUGAUAAUUUACAGGUAAUUCCUUUUGGGGUUAAGUCUGUUUGGGUAAGUGAAAAGACUGGAGAACAACUGAAGGUCAGAGAUAGGGACCAAUCCUAUGCCAGAAAAAUGUUUCCCAUUUUAAUAAGUUCUAAAAAGUAGUGUUAUUUUGAGGUCUAGAAUUUCUGAUAGAUAGGAAACCUCAAGUUCUAGCUCAGUUAGAAUAACAAACUCAUCACUUCCUGUUCUCCAUAACGUAUUGAGAAUCUUGCCCAUGCCAGGAUGAUUACGUUUAACGAUCUUUGACAUUUGUGCUUAAUUCUUGGUGUUCCUUUAUGCUGCCCAGAGUAAGAGGUUCAACAAAAAUGUACUGACAACCUACCGUGCAGCAGGUGCUAGGCCAGGUGAUCUACAUACCUGAGCUCACAAAAUCAUUUCUCACAUCAACCCUGUGAGAGCAGUUAUUAUUCCCUUAUUAUGAGAAAACUAAGACUCCACAAUGUUAAAUACUUUAUUCAGGUAACACAGUCAUCCAGUAAGUGGCCAACCUUGAUUUUGAAACCAUUACUUUGCAUAUUUAUAGCAUUUUAAAUGGUCGUAUGGCAACCAUAUCACAAAAGCAUCCCAGAAGCUUACAAUGGGAAGUCAUAGAUUAAGUUACCCAACACAUCUCUACUUAAGUAGAAAAGGAAGUUUGAUAUCUUUUUUAAUAUUGUUUUAAACCUCAGUCCUUUUCCUUCUUUAGGAAUCUUGAUUUCUUAAUUAAAUUCCAUCUCAUACAAUGCUUCACUUUGAUAAGUGAAUACCCAACUCCAGAAAAUAUAGAUCUUGCCUAGGAGAAUUUCACUUUAGUAGCUUAGUUACACAUUUGGUUUGUUUUAUGGCAAACUUUUCUAUCAAUAGUGAUGGGAGGUGGAAUGCACAGCUAAACUGGCUUUCCUUGGGAUAUACUUGGACUUGACCAUUUUUGCCACUUGGAAAUUGGUUUUGAUGUAGCUUGGGAAUGAAGAGUUUAUAGAGGAAGAACAUAAUGCCAAAUCUCGGUCAGAAGGACAAGACUUCCCCCUUGGUAGAUGGUGCCACUUACUUGGUAUGUUUUCCUGUCUGUUGUGACUGACCCAGUCUUUUCCUAGUAGGUUAUUUUUUGUCUGUCUCUGUGUGUAUGUGUAUGCAUAUAUAUACACACACAUACAUACAUGUACUAGGUAGCAAGUAGACAUCAUGCCUUUCUGCUUUGUACUGUACUACUGCUGCUAGAAAAUAACCAGCAAAAUAUAGAAAAUGAAAAACAAAGAAACUAACUUUAUGUAGACAACUUGGAGAAGAAAAUGCUCCACCCCUGACUUAGGGGGUCAGAAAAUUGACUAUUUCAACAGUUUGCCUUUUCUUAAGGUUGACUACUUAUAGCCCAGUACUGCCUUGGCAGCAAGGGGCAAGCCGAGUCAUUGCAAAUGUGACACUUCCAGCUCUGCCUUUGGAGCUGGCCUGGGCUCAGUUAAUCCCCUGUGACUGGCCGUUGGAACAGUGGAGCUCCUGAAGCUAGUUCACAGCACCCAGGGGUCUCUUCCUGUCAACAGAUUGCAUACUGUUGAUGGACUGCAGCCCAUGGGAGUUGUGUUUCCCAUGCCAACUUCAUUUCCAAGAUGGGAGUUUUAGUCAGGAACUCAGUCCUUGAGUUCCCAACAUGUUGACUUUACAUCCAUUUCACUCACCAAGGCAGAAUAAUAGCAGAGGUGUGUGACAAAGAUAUAAACGGAAGGUAGCCCGACUAAUGGAAAAGGAUGGGACUUUAGCCCAUUAUUGGGUCUGAGAUUUUGAUUAAUGACUGAAGACAGUUCUGAAGAGCAGCCCACUGCGGGAGCUGCAACUUGUCCCCUUCCUGAAUACAGAGAGAAGGAGAGGAAAGGAGCCGUGUAAAAUGUGCGCAUUCAAUUCCUCUUAGAUUGAUAGCUCCUGCUUAUUACACUGUUCAACUAUCUAAUAAUCUGGGUUAUGCACAUCCAGAGGUGAAAUGAAGAAAUUUCCACUUACAAAUGCGUAUUUACAAACAUGCUAAGUUAAACUCCAGAGAGAAGUGCCUGUAAUCUCUGUUCCUACUAUCAAUUUAAAGCUAUUUUUUUCAUGACUCUGUAGCUGUUUAAAUUUUUUUUUCACAGUAAAUGUGAUUAACAGAAGUUUACAAAGCAAUACUGUAGCUUAUACAUAAUUUUAAAAGUUGAUUGACGUUUAUCUAUUGUUAAAGCAACAAUAAACGCUAACGAAAUAAAAGGAGAGAAAAUAGGUCAAUGUGACACCAUAGGCUUUUCUUAGAUAAACUAGUUCCAUCAUUUUAUGCAGCUCUCAGUAAUGCCAGGAUUAAUAUGUGUGUGUAUAUGUUUUCCAUUCAUGUGUUAAGCAGCCAGUUGUUUUUUUUUUCUUGCACUGUAAUGAUCUGAAGGGAAAUUUAAGAUAAUGCUCCCCGCCCCCAUACUGCUAUUCAACUACCUCUAUGCUUGAUUUCUUUUUAGGGUUGCCCUUCCUCCAAAUCUGUACAAAAAAGUUUCAGCUCAUCUAUGUUGUAAUAACAAUGUGAUAUAUAGACAGUCUCUGUGAAAGUCGUUUAUUCAUUAAAAAAAAAGGUUUCCUAUU